AUGGGCAAGAAAAAGGGAAAGGGUGAAUACAACGACUUCCUCGAAAGUGCCAGACCCCGCGAUAAUAACGAUAUCCGCACUACACUUCAGACCACAUCAGCACUGACCCGCAACAUCUCGCCGCCAGCGGUUUCGGCACCACAAUCUCAACAACGCAACCAUGCAAACCUAAGGACCAAACCUAAGAAACCGCCCUUGACGCACUUUCUCUGUUUGCCACUUGUCUCCGACCCGAACCGCGCACAAAUCUCGACAUCACUUGAGAAGCUGAAGAAGGAUGUCGAAACCUACACCCCCGUACCACCAAAAGCAGUUCGACCCACCGGCACACUGCACCUCACUCUAGGCGUGAUGUCUCUAUCCCCCGCCCAGCUCUCCGACGCCAGCACGCACCUAUCCGAGCUAGACAUCGGACAACUGCUGCGGGGCAUCACGACGCAGAAGCUCGCCGAAUCCGUAGCCGACACCCGCACCGUCAGCGAAGGCUUCGGCGCCGUCCAAGACCCCAGCCUCUCGCCCGCAAGUCCAGCCUUGAGCGCCGAUCCGGCAUCGCUGGCCGUCGAGUUGCGCGCGCUCGUGCCCAUGCAGAAGCCGGGCCAGACGAGCAUCUUGUAUGCCGAGCCGCGCGACGCAACGGCCCGGCUGCUACCGUUUGCGGAGAGCCUGAGGCGUAGCUUCGAGGAGCAGGGGUGGGUCGUCCAGGAUGAGAGGUCCUUGAGACUGCAUGCCACCGUGCUGAAUACCAUUUAUGCGAAGCCCAAGGGGAGGGGGAGGGGCAAGCAGACGUCGAAGGCUGCAGCGUCCACGAGUGAGGCGGUGCGAGAUGGUGGUGGUGGUGGUGGUGGCGAUGUGCUGAAUGAUGGCACGGACGGUGAGCAGGAGAAGGAGAAGGAGAAGGAGAAGGAAGAGAGGGACAAGGGACACGGCCCGGAUGCGAAGAGCUGGAUGCGGUUCGAUGCCAGUGAAUUGAUAGACAUGUACAAAGACUUUGUCUGGGCAGAGGAUGUGCGGAUCGAUAGAGUGCAGAUCUGCAAGAUGGGUGCUCAGAAAAUCUUCCGCGAAGGCGGGGAUGAGGUUGUGGAUGAGAGGUACGAGGUCGUUGCUGAGAAAAUGCUCUGA